AUGAAGGACUCCGAGCCCAAGAGCGACGGCUGGAAGGCGCACGUCGUCCGUCAGCUGCGACGCCGAGACCGGGAGCAGCACCACAACUUCCGAGACCUCGUCUACGCUUACUCGCGGCUGCUGGAACGAAGCAGUGUGACGGACGCCAUCCUCGCCGGGGCCGGACGUCGCCCGGAUUCGCCGCCGCCGUUCUUGUGCGUCGUGCGGCUGAAGAGGAAUGCCGCAGAGUUGGCGUAUCAGGUGGUGGAGAAGCAGCAGCAGUUGAAAAACCAAGAGAAGGUUUUGGAAGAGCAACGGGGGAGGCUGCCGCGAGAAGAGCGACGGCGAGCGGAGGCGCGAGACGUCCGGCGCCAGCUGCAGCUGGGGGCGGAGCGUCUGGCCCGGGAAAACCAGCUGACCAAGGGCCGCUACGACGCCCUGAUGGAGCGGCGGCGGCUCGCCGAGCGCUUCCUCCGGGAGGAGGAGCUCCGGGGAUGCGGCCUGCUGGACGACCUGGUCUCGUUCAAACGCCAGGCGGCCGCGCGCCUCAACCGGCGAAACGACAGGCGCGCCAGGGUUCAAGACGUCAACCUGCAGAAGGACUUGCAGACCGCCGCCACUUCCGAGGUCAGCGUAGACAGGGGAUGUUUCUUCCUCAGGUCCGUUCCAGCUUCAGAAAGUUCUCCCAAGAUCUUGGCAUCCUUUCGAGAGCUCUUCGAGAGGAGGCGGGGCCGAUCGUCGUACGCUUCAGACGAGGAGGAGCCGGCGUGUCCCCUCAGAGUCCCGACGGCGGCUCGACUUCCCGCCCGAGCGCUUCACGUCCUGGAGGCUCACGAGCAGGGCGUCAACACGGCGGCUUUCUGCCCCAGCUCUGCCCUGCUGGCCAGCGGCGGAACUGACAAGGUGGUGAAAAUUUGGGAGGUCCGAGCAGGCACCCUCAGGCAUCGGACUACCCUGGACGGGAGCACAGAGGGUCUGACAUGCGUCCAGUUUGACCCGGCGGGUCACCGAGUUCUGGCGGGCUCGUACGACAAGUCGGCGUUGCUGUGGCGUUUGGACCGGCCCGUCGCCAAGCUGACGCUGACGGGCCACGGCAGAAAGGUGACGGCGGCGCGCUUCAGUCGUAACCGGGUCCUGACGGGGAGCGCUGACGGAACCCUCCGUAUUUGGGACCCCCAGAGAGCUGCAUGUGUCCACUUAGCCAGAGUGCCGUCUUGUUGCAGCGACGUGGUCUGCUUGGAGAACGUGGCCAUCAGCGGACAUUUUGACCAUCACAUCCGAUUCUGGGACGACAGGCUCUCCGGCUGCGUACACCGCGUGUCCGCCGGCGGCAAAGUGACAUCUUUGGACCUGAGCGCCGACGGCCGCCACCUUCUCAGCUGCUGCCGUGACGAUGUCCUGCGGCUGCUCGACCUCCGCUGGUGGAGCGACCACAGCGCCGCCUUCAGGGCCGAGGGUUUCAAAUGCGCCAGCGACAGCACUAAAGUGGCCGUCAGCCCCGACGCUCGCUUUGUGGCGGCGGGAUCGGGGGAUGGCGGCGUCUACGUUUGGAACGUUUCGGCCGGGAAGCUGGAGGCGCGCCUAGCGGACAAACACAGCGCGUCCGUCAGCGCCGUCUGCUGGUCGAUGUCCGGCGAAUACGCGGCCAGCGUGGACAAAAGGGGGCGCGCCGUCCUCUGGAGCGACAUCUGA